AUGCCCGGUGUCUGCGAGGUGUGCUCCACAGAACCAUCCAAAUAUCGUUGUCCGACAUGUUCUCUAAUGAGCUGCUCUCUUGCCUGUACGCAGUCACAUAAGAUUUACUGUGCUCCGAAACCCGAGGCUACGAACAAUGUACCAACUACGCCGUCGGACAUCCCUGCUGGUGACUUAACGUCUGGACAAACCAACAACGUCCCCGCCGGCGAUACUCCCACCGUCCAGGUCGGUGGGACGAAUGUCGCCACCAUCGCCUCCUCUGCCGAAGUCCAAGCGCUCUUAUCGCGGUACCCUGAACUGCGAAGCCAGCUGUACGAAAUUUUCCACGCGACGGAGGAAGAUGAAUGGCAAGAGUGGUAUACACCUUCUACAAGAGGGCGACCGCACGGCCGAGGAGGCCGAGGAGGUCCCUCCCGCCGAAGCCGUGGAGCAUGGACAGCGGAGAAAGGAUUCAAUCGAGGAUUGGGAAAAGUGCGCAAGCUUCGACAAGAUUGCGAAGCCGGGAGCGAGACGGGCGUCAAAGCCGAGGCUUUCAUGGAGUUCUUGGUCUUGGUCAACAAAGAGCCAUAG